AUGGGGUCUCUGGAAAGAUCAAAGAAGAAAGUUCAAUUAUGGAAGAAAGCUAUAGUUCAUUUUGGUUUAUGUUUUGUUAUGGGGUUUUUUACAGGUUUCGCUCCAGCGGGCAAGGCUUCAUUUUUUUCUAGUCAUGUUGUUGCAUCAAGUAAAUCACAGUCCUUGCCGCAACCUGUUGAAAUGUUGCACCAGCAGGCAGCAAGCACACCACAUGCUGGUUAUCUUAACAGAAGUUUGAUAGCUGAAAGUCCCAUGUCAACUCCAUCACGGUCUACCGAAUCCGAACGAGCAAAAUUCUCAGAAAAAGAAGAAGAAACAGAACCCAAGUUUCCACCAAGAAGACUGGCAGUUAUCGUUACACCAAUAAGUGCUAAAGAUCCGUAUCAAGGGGUGUUUUUGAGGAGGUUAGCUAAUACAAUCAGGUUGGUUCCUCCACCCCUACUGUGGAUUGUUGUGGAAGGGCAAUCAGAAUCAGAUGAAGUAUCGGAGAUACUUAGAAAAACAGGAAUUAUGUAUAGGCAUUUGGUCUUCAGGGAGAACUUCACAGAUCCUGAAGCCGAGUUGGAUCACCAGAGGAAUGUUGCAUUAAGGCACAUUGAGCAACACAGGCUGAGCGGAAUUGUUCAUUUUGCCGGGCUUUCCAAUUUUUAUGAUCUUGGCUUCUUCGACGAGCUUAGACAAAUUGAGGUGUUCGGGACAUGGCCAAUGGCACUACUUUCAGCAAACAAGAACAAAGUGAUAAUUGAAGGACCUGUAUGUGAUUCCUCGCAGGUUAUCGGAUGGCAUCUGAAGAUAAUGAACAAUGAAACGGAUACAAAGCCUCCAAUCCACAUUUCAAGUUUUGGAUUUAACAGUUCAAUCCUUUGGGACCCUGAGAGAUGGGGUCGCCCUUCAUCAGUCCAACAGACCUCACAGAAUUCAAUCAAAUUUGUCAAACAAGUAGCCCUUGAAGACGAGACAAAGUUGAAGGGAAUCCCACCGGAGGACUGCUCAAAAAUCAUGCUUUGGCGUCUUAAUCUUUCCAUUUCAAAAUCAACGAGUUAUCAUCCUCUAACUACUGGAUCCACAGAUACUAGUCGGAGAAAAAAAUGA